AUGCAAAAAUUACUGUGUUUUAUAACUAAAUGGUCUUUAGAAUCAGUUGAAGAGCUAUCAAGGUAUUACGAUAAAUUAGAAGCAGAAUUUGUAUCAGAUUGUGACUUUCAAAAGGUUCUUGGCUCGGAUGAUGGCAGUAGAGCUGAUGAUUUUGUGAAGGCUAAUGAAAUUCGUGAAAAGAGUUAUAAAAACUGUUUGUUACCUAAGGAUCAUUCAGAUUAUAAACCUCAUGAUACAAGACUCGUUGAAUAUUGUAAGUAUACUAAUCAUACAUUUAUGUAUUCGCCGUUAACUUUACUUCGUACUUUAACCAUGGUAUCUGAUGAUUUAGCUCUUAAUGUCAGUUUAAAAAACUUUUUUGAAUCUCAACGAGAAGAUUAUGAAACAUUGGUGAUAAAGUUACGAAGACUUUUUGACAGAAUAUUUGAAAAAUACCAGCCGGGAUUCGUAACUAAUUAUGUGGCAUUUGUAAAUGAAAGAAAAGGAUUUACCUCGGAGUCAUGUGAAAUCUUAACGGAAAAGCACGCUGCAAAGGUUAAGUGUGUUGACUUUUAUAUGAAAGAAGAUGCGCAUCGAAUAGUUAAUGAAGUUUCUGAGGAACUAACGGGAGAAGCUUUUUUUACAGAUACAGAUCAUCAAUUUUUAGAUAGAGGAAUUGGUUUUAUUAAUACUGUUGUUAUUAACGCACGUUGGGUUAACGAGUUUGACGAAAAAGAUUCGAUAACUAAGGAGUUUAGGUUGCCAUACAGGAGAGUGUACAUGGAAAAAAUGCGGCAAAGUGGACCAUUUAAAGUGUAUCGGGAUAAAGAUGUAGAAGUUUUGGAGAUGGAAAUGAUGAUGGGUAGAAAACUGUGUUCCUUUUUGAUAAUACAGCCUUUGGAGCUUGAAAAGCAGUUAAUUAAAACGCUACAGAAUUUUGAUAAAAUAAUAAGAAAGGCUUUCAAAUACUUUAAAGCUAAUAGACAUGAAACGAUAGAUGUAGAGAUACCUAGAUUGAAGAUUACUACAGUUGGUAAUAAUGAUUGUAUUACAGACUAUUUAAAUCCUGAAACAGAGAUGUUACGUUCGUAUACAACAGGUAAAGAAGCAAUAGUUAGAAAGAUGUAUCGUUUUAGGCACAAAGUGACAUUAGAUUUAAAUGAAAAAGGUAUUGGAACUGAAGAGGGACAAGCGUCACCAGAACGCUCUAGAAUUAGAAAUUUAUCGGAAGAUAAAUUUAAUUGUAAUAAACCAAGUAUAUGGUGUAUUGUUGAUAGGGAUGGAUCUGAUAAGGGCGAUUAUGAGGAUCCUUUAGUGUUGUUAGUGGUGAAGUUUGUUGGUCCUCAUUAA